UCUUCAUGAUCCCAAUACAGAAUAUUUUUUAUUUUUUUUUCUUUCUUUUCUCAUCUUUUUUUUUUCUGCUAAUUUUUUUUUAUAUAUAUAUUUUUAUAUGGAGUGUGUUGUUGGGGAAAAUCAGGUGCCUUAUAUACCGUGGAUCUAUUCUAUCUUUGGUUCAUGUGUUUACGGAUAUCAAGAUGCUUUCAGUAUGUUUUUUGGUCUGUUAUCUAUCUUCUGUUGGCUAAAUGCCCAAGUACCUCAAAUGAUGGAUAAUUACAAAUCCGGUUCUGCCGAUGGUUUAUCAUUGUAUUUACUGUACUUUUGGUUAGCUGGUGAUCUUGGAAAUAUGUUUAGCUGUGUAUUGAAUCACCAGUUGCCAUUUCAAACCUAUUUAGCCAUGUAUUUUGUGGCCACGGAUCUGAUUCUACUUUAUCAAUAUUUCUAUUUCGGAAAAGGGGAUCAAGUUGUGAAGGAAGCCUUGAUGACUAUGGUUGAGAAUCACGAUGAGGAGACAUCACUUGUGAUGACAAAGACGAGAGAGGAUAUCUUGACCGUGAGUCAGUAUGGAUCAACAGAUAAAAAUAAGACGACAACAGCUUUGAUGGGAUUAUUAUUAUUCGGAUGUAAAUUAGGCUUGGGAUCGACCUUGACGACGACUAUGACUACCCAAAAGGGAGGGGAUGCACUGGGAUUGGAAUCCCCCGUGACGGCGGGUUGGUUAUUGGCUUGGAUGUGUACUACGUUUUAUUUAGUGUCUCGUAUACCGCAGAUCCAUAAAAAUCAUAAGCGACACUCUACGCAAGGACUUUCUUUAUGGUUGUUUAGCUUUGCAGUUUCAGGGAAUAUGACGUAUGCCAUCAGUAUCCUACUUCAUCCUGGACAUACUCGUAAGAGCUUGUUCGAGUCACUUCCGUACGUGGCGGGUAGUUUUGGGACUUUAUUUUUAGACGCAAUUAUCUUUGGACAAUUCAUGUAUUAUAGAAAUAGCACGAAACAUGAAGUAACCCAUACCUUAUCUAGAGUACCUACCACUCAGUAAUACCCCCCCCCCCGUCCUCCCCUUAAUACUUUUUUAAACAACAAUGUACAUAUAAAAAUAGUAAAACGACUUACACUCCCUUUUUUCUAUCUCCCCUUAUUUUCUCCCCUUAAUAAUUAUGAUGGUGCAUAACCGAGAGUGUUUAUUAUUAAAGAAAAUAUAUGCACGUCAAUUUGUAUAAAUAUAAUCUCUUCUCCG